AUGGAAGAAUCAAACGAUCGAAUAAACUCAAAUGAACGAAUAAUUUUAAAUGUCGGCGGUAUAAAGUAUGAAACUUAUCGGUCAACAUUAACUGCACAUCCAGAAACUCUUCUUGGAACAAUGUUCCAAGAAAGAAAUCAAUCAUUACUUCAUCCAACGAAUAAUAAUGAAUAUUUCUUUGAUCGAGAUGGUCAUCUAUUUAGAUAUAUAAUGCAAUUCUAUCGAACUGGUGAAAUUUUUUGGCCUGAAGAAUCUUAUUUCACUAAUUCUUAUGUAUCCCGUCGAGAACUUGAUCUAGAACUUGAUUAUUUUCAAAUACCAUACCCGGGUCGUAGUGGGAUUGAUAAUUUAGGGAUUGUGGCUUUGGUAGAUAGUUUCUUGAUUGCUUUAGAUACCCUUGUUAAUCAAGUUGUUAAAAAGUAUCAUGUUCCAAUAAAUGUUAAUUUUUCUCUUGGACUGAUUGAAUAUGGAAUAGAUCAAGAUGUUGAACCUUUUGCUUCAGAGAUUUUAUCACCAUUUAAGUUGGUUGGAUAUAAAAUUUUAUCAAAAUUUGAUAGGGAGGUUGCUACAUAUAUAAAGAAGCAACAUCCAUAUUUGGAUUCAAAAAUUAUACGUAGAUUGAAUAAAGGAUAUUUUGAGUUGAAAAUGUCGAUAAAGGAUUAUAAUGAUUUGGAUGAACAGGUUGUUUACAAAUAUUCUAAACUCUCAAAGGUUGUGAACCCUUUAAAAUUAGAGGAUGAAUAA